CUAGCGGACGGAACCAAAAGAAAAAGAUAGCUCGUUGUUGGCCAUGGCGACGGGGACGCUAAGUUAUUUUGCUGUGAGAUACAGAGCGGCUCUAGCAUUAUUGUAUUUUGCGUUCUUUAAGCCUGUUUAUUCUCAGCAGCUUAUCGUGCCGUUUCAGUCGCCUUCUGGCUGCGGCGAGGAGACGUUUUUCGACAUCUCCAGUCUGUCGUGUGUUAAGUGUGGUCCAAACCAAAGGAGGAGCGCGACAGGGCUGAGCUGCAUUUGCAAAAGUGGAUUCCGUGUUCUCACCACCAAUGGAGUGUCACUUACCUGUGAGAUAUGUCCAAAUGAAGCAUCUGCAGUGACAUCAGAUGGAUUUGAGUGCAUUCGAUGUCCAGGCAGUGUCACUGAUGAGGGGAGGUGUCAGUGCCCAUCAGGUGAUAUCCUGGUGGAGCGGGAUGUUCAAGGGAAUGCCUUAGAUGAGGCCAGGUGUGACAAGUGUAAUGGAAGUAAGCCUGCUUUUUCAGUGCCUAACAGCAGUGGAGACAGGUGUGAGAGGUGUCAGGGUACCUUUAUUAACACCUCCCUCUCCUGUGUGUGUAGUCCUGGUAAUGUUGUGGCAGGAGGAUUAUGUUUCCCUCCUCUGAGCAGCCUCUCAACCAAUGUGAAUCCAAACGUCAAUUUUGCUCAGUUGAAGCUCCAGGUCCAGUCGGCAUGGUUCAUGAAAAACCUAUACUCCUCAGCAGCAGCUUGCCUAGUGUUCUCCAAUCUGACAGCCUGCCAAGCUCUCGGGAACAUGUGUGUGAUGAACAUGCACUCAAUCAGUACUGUAGCCAAUGAUGCCUGUGGUCUCUUUAACACCAUCUUCAGAUCAACAGCUGCUUUGGGCUCAACCCAGGGCAACUCCUACUGGAGAGUUAAUCUUCCAUGGCUUUACUAUGGGAAUGAACCAGGACUCGCUCAUCGAGUGCUUCAGAGUGAUCAGAGGAGCUUCACUGGUCAGGGAAUAGCUCCCACUGGGUUCAGUUUCAUGGGAAAAAACAAGAACACUGACAUUAAGCUAAUUGCUGCUGUCUAUAAUGUCAAAGGAGAGUUCCUCAGAUGGGAAAAAGUAGGAGGGCAUAAUCUGCAGCUGUGUCCAGACACAGCUGCCAGACAGAAGGCCACCUUCAGCUUUGGAACUGCUUACCAAGCAAGUUGUGAUCUGUCAGUAGCAGAAAUCUUGUAUACCCAUCCUGAGCCCUUGUUUUAUGAUGUGUUUAUGGACCUUGGUGGAGGAGACAGCAGAGAACUUCUUCCUCUGCCCACAUUAAUCUUGAACCAACAGUAUAAUGGACGUUUCAUCAACCAAGAUACCAUGAUGAAUUGGUUCCUGUCUCGUCGUAUGUUUCUUAUUGACACACUGAGUGGAAGAGUAAAGAGCUUGAGUUCUGUGCCUAAAAUCAUCCGUGUGGUUAGCGAUAUCAAAAUAAGGUUCCAGCUGGUUCCACAAACCCAAAGUGGACAUGUUUUUACUCCUUUACUCAAAGUGGCCUAUGAAGAUGUUCUCCUCACUGAUAGUGAUACACAAACCGUAUCGACAUCAUUUGCAGUGGAGUAUGAGAUGGAUCAGAAUGAAGCUUACAUAAAAACUAAUACGGCUCUAGGUGUGAUGGGUGGUAUUGCAGUGCUCUGCUCCUUGCUGAAGACAGUCAGCUGGAAGAGGAGGAUCGCCUCACCACUUGUUGACAUGGAGACGAUGCUGACAUUUUUGUUGUUCUAUGCUGGAGAUCUGGCCAAUGUUUUCUUCAUCGUCACUGUGGGAACUGGACUUUAUUGGCUUAUCUUUUAUAAGACAAUGGAGUCCCAACAGUUUGUAUCGGUAUUGUUACCGCUGCCUGCUCAGGAGGAUCAGUUUGUGGUCUACAUUGGUUGUGCCUUUGCUCUCAAGGCGGUCCACUUUCUCCACAAGCUCUUCCUUCAGUUGUCUAUUGAUAUGUUCUUUAUUGACUGGGAGAGACCACGAGCCAAAGGAAGCAGGACUGUGCAAGCUGCUGGUGAUCUGAAAUCGGAACCCUCUCCAGUCAGUAUUUGGAGGACCUACUUUGUGGCCAAUGAGUGGAACGAGAUGCAGACAAUUCGCAAAAUCAGCCCAACAUUUCAGAUCAUGGCUGUGCUCUUCCUCCUUGAAGUGGUGGGAUUUUCCAACCUGGCCCUGAGGGACCCCUGGCCAACUUUAAAGCGCUCUCCACAGGCAUACAUGCCUCCCUACAGCCUGACAUUGCGCUAUGGUUUGGCAGCCACGCUGUGGCUUUGCAUAGGGCUUCUGCAGGUGAUAUACUUCACUGUGUUUCAUGUGCGCUUUGUGAAGGACCGAAUCCGGCAGUUUGUGGAUCUCUGCUCCAUUAGUAAUGUUUCUGUGCUGCUGCUGUCCCACCGAUGUUUUGGCUACUACAUCCAUGGGCAUUCUGUACACGGACACGCUGACACAAAUAUGGAGGAAAUGAACAGCAACCUGAAGAAAGAAGCUGAGCUCCUGUGUGGUCAGAGAGGACUGCUUCCCAAUACAGACAUCCAGACCUUUCAGGUCUCAAUCUCUCACUGCCUCCGUCUGCAGUAUGACAGGAUACGGGAACCCCUUAGCAGGAGGCACGGGCCAUCGAGACUGGUGGAUGCAUCCUUAGCCAACCCGUUUGAGCAGCGCACCAGAGCCUACAACACCAUGAACCACUUCCUUGCAUCUGUGAUAGCCCAUGCCCAACCUGACAUGGACUAUGUAGUGAGGGACAAGCUGAUGCUUGAGAGGGUCAUAGGCAUGGAGUUCCUUGAACCCAGUGACAAAAGCAUCUUUUAUAACGAUGAGGGUCACUCUUUCUGUGGCGUGCUGUUCUAUGGGAAUGAGAGCACGCUCCUGAUCUUUGACACUUUGUUUUUCUGCAUUGUUGACCUUGGAGCACAGAGCUUUGUGCUUGCAGCUGUGCUGACCUACAUUCAGCAAAUGAUAUUUUGCAUGAUCCGAAAAUUUCUCGGCCGGAGAAACCUUGCCAGCAACACAUUCAUUGAUGAGCGAUUUCUGUUAUGAUGAGCUACGUCGUUGAUGGUGCCAAUGUUGUUUACUGGUUUGUGUUUACUGUUCUCAAUUUGUAAAUAAAGUUUUGUUAAUGUUUUUUACAUGUACAGUGUGGCCGUCAACUAUGUAAAUAGUGGAGUUUUUUUUUUAGAAUUCAUUAAAAGUGUUUGAUAUGA